AUGGCCAUACGAUGCGCAGACCCGCAGUACAGCACAUAUGCUGAUCUCAUGAAGAUUUUACUGUCUGCCAGAACAGAUCGUGCUGAUGAAGAGGAUGGCGACGAAGCUGAUUUGACUUCCAAGGACGAGAUCGCUCUAAUUCAACUACAAAAUUGCGAUCCAGACCAUAAGAUCUAUGGAGAGAAGAUUCGUGAGAUGAAUUUCUUACACGAAGAGAUUCGACUUACACAUGGACAAUCUAUUCGGCAUAUACCAGCUGACUGGAUGACCCUGACAGAAUCACUGCGAUUAGUAUUGCUCACCUCCGGCUACUACACCGGUCAAAGUACUCACCGCCACCGCCUGUUUGCUAGAGGGAACUACAAAGGUUUCCGCAGUCGGCAAGAUGAUCGUUUAUUCGAGCUUUGGGAACAACGAAGAGAGUUGAAGAAGUUGCGAAACUGGGACCUAACGCAGGAACAGGAGGCAAAGGAUGCUCGUCUGGCUCGUGAAUACGAAGUUGGAGCUCAUUGA